GGUGGCCCGCGCUGCCUUCCCGCGCGCCGGGCUAAAAAGGCGCUAACGCCGGCGGCCGCCUACUCCCCGCGGCGCCUCCCCUCCCCGCGCCCAUAUAACCCGCCUAGGGGCCGGGCCGCCCGCCCUGCCUCCCCGCCCGCGCACCCGCCCGGAGGUCUGCGCGCCCGCGAAGGGGACGCAGCGAAGCCGGGGCCCGCGCCAGGCCGGUCGGGACGGACGCCGAUGCCCGGGGCUGCGACGGCUGCAGAGUGAGCUGCCCUCAGAGGCCGGCGUGAGGAAGAUGGCCCAGUCCACCGCCACCUCCCCCGAUGGAGGCACCACGUUUGAGCACCUCUGGAGCUCUCUGGAACCAGAUAGCACCUACUUCGACCUUCCCCAGUCAAGCCGGGGGAAUAAUGAGGUGGUGGGCGGCACGGAUUCCAGCAUGGACGUCUUCCACCUAGAGGGCAUGACCACAUCUGUCAUGGCCCAGUUCAAUUUGCUGAGCAGCACCAUGGACCAGAUGAGCAGCCGCGCGGCCUCGGCCAGCCCGUACACCCCAGAGCACACCGCCAGCGUGCCCACCCACUCACCCUACGCGCAGCCCAGCUCCACCUUCGACACCAUGUCGCCCGCGCCUGUCAUUCCCUCCAACACCGACUAUCCCGGACCCCACCACUUCGAGGUCACUUUCCAGCAGUCCAGCACGGCCAAGUCAGCCACCUGGACGUACUCUCCACUCUUGAAGAAACUCUACUGCCAGAUCGCCAAGACGUGCCCCAUCCAGAUCAAGGUGUCCACCCCACCACCCCCGGGCACCGCCAUCCGGGCCAUGCCUGUCUACAAGAAGGCGGAGCACGUGACCGACAUCGUGAAGCGCUGCCCCAACCACGAGCUCGGGAGAGACUUCAACGAAGGACAGUCUGCCCCAGCCAGCCACCUCAUCCGUGUGGAAGGCAAUAAUCUCUCGCAGUAUGUGGACGACCCUGUCACCGGCAGGCAGAGCGUCGUGGUGCCCUAUGAGCCACCACAGGUGGGGACAGAAUUCACCACCAUCCUGUACAACUUCAUGUGUAACAGCAGCUGUGUGGGGGGCAUGAACCGACGGCCCAUCCUCAUCAUCAUCACCCUGGAGACGCGGGAUGGGCAGGUGCUGGGCCGCCGGUCCUUUGAGGGCCGCAUCUGCGCCUGUCCUGGCCGCGACCGAAAAGCCGAUGAGGACCACUACCGGGAGCAGCAGGCCUUGAAUGAGAGCUCUACCAAGAACGGGGCUGCCAGCAAGCGCGCCUUCAAGCAGAGCCCCCCUGCCGUCCCCGCCCUGGGUCCCGGCGUGAAGAAGCGGCGGCACGGAGACGAGGACACGUACUACCUGCAGGUGCGAGGCCGGGAGAACUUCGAGAUCCUGAUGAAGCUGAAGGAGAGCCUGGAGCUGAUGGAGUUGGUGCCGCAGCCGCUGGUGGACUCCUAUCGGCAGCAGCAGCAGCUCCUACAGAGGCCGAGUCACCUACAGUCCCCAUCCUACGGGCCGGUCCUCUCGCCCAUGAACAAGGUGCACGGGGGCAUGAACAAGCUGCCCUCCGUCAAUCAGCUGGUGGGCCAGCCUCCCCCGCACAGCUCGGCAGCUACACCCAACCUGGGGCCUGUGGGCCCUGGGAUGCUCAACAACCAUGGCCACGCAGUGCCAGCCAACGGCGAGAUGAGCAGCAGCCACGGCGCCCAGUCCAUGGUCUCGGGGUCCCACUGCACUCCGCCACCCCCCUACCACGCCGACCCCAGCCUCGUCAGUUUUUUAACAGGAUUGGGGUGUCCAAACUGCAUCGAGUAUUUCACGUCCCAAGGGUUACAGAGCAUUUACCACCUGCAGAACCUGACCAUCGAGGACCUGGGGGCCCUGAAGAUCCCCGAGCAGUACCGCAUGACCAUCUGGCGGGGCCUGCAGGACCUGAAGCAGGGCCACGACUGCGGCGCCGCGCAGCAGCUGCUCCGCUCCAGCAACGCGGCCGCCAUCUCCAUCGGCGGCUCCGGGGAGCUGCAGCGCCAGCGGGUCAUGGAGGCCGUGCACUUCCGCGUGCGCCACACCAUCACCAUCCCCAACCGCGGCGGCCCCGGCGCCGGCCCCGACGAGUGGGCGGACUUCGGCUUCGACCUGCCCGACUGCAAGGCCCGCAAGCAGCCCAUCAAGGAGGAGUUCACGGAGGCCGAGAUCCACUGAGGGCCCGGCCCGGCCAGGGCUUGUGCCACCGCCCAGAGACCCAGGCCGCCUCCGCUCUCCUUUCUGUGCCCAAAACUGCCUCUGGGCGCAGGGCCUCCAGGCUGUGCCCCGGGAAAGGCAAGGUCCGGCCCAUGCCCAGGCACCUCACCCGCCCCAGGAGAGGCCCAGCCACCAGAGCCGCCUGCGGACAGCCUGAGUCACCUGCAGAACCUUCUGGAGCUGCCCUAGCGCUGGGCUUGCGGGGCAGGGGCCGGCCCACUCUCAGCCCUGCCACUGCCGCGCGUGCUCCAUGGCAGGCGUGGGUGAGGACCGCAGUGUCGGCUCUGACCUCCUCCAGGCCUCAUCCUAGAGACGCUGUCACCUGCCGACCAAGAAGGUCCUUCCAGAGGAAAGAAUCCUCUUCUCUGGUGGACUGCCAAAAAGUAUUUUGCCACA